CCUCCUACUAUAGGCUCACUGAAGAAACUGACUGCACUGAAAGUGGAUGAGAACCAGCUGAUGUAUCUGCCUGACUCAGUCGGAGGACUGCACUCUCUGGAUGAGCUGGACUGCAGCUUCAAUGAGAUCGAAGCGUUGCCCUCUACCAUCGGUCAAUGUGCCAGCAUCCGCACCUUCGCUGCAGAUCACAACUUCCUUACCCUACUCCCCCCCGAGAUGGGCAGCUGGAAGAAUGCAACUGUAUUGUUCCUACAUUCCAACAAGCUGGAGUCCUUGCCUGAUGAAAUGGGUGACAUGCAGAAGCUCAAGGUCAUCAAUCUCAGUAACAACAAGUUGAAGAAUCUUCCCUACAGUUUCACUAAACUGAACCAGAUGACCGCAAUGUGGCUGUCUGAAAACCAGUCGAAGCCCCUGAUCCCGCUCCAGAAAGAGGAGGAUCCAGAGACACACAAAACUGUGCUGACCAACUACAUGUUCCCCCAACAAACCAGGACGGAGGAAUACAUUCCCAGCUCUGACUCUGAAAGCUUCAAUCCAGCUCUCUGGGAGGAACAACGCAAGCACCGAGCUCAAGUGGCCUUCGAGUGUGACGAAGACAAGGAUGAGAGAGAAACACCCCCACGGGAGGGUAAUCUGAAGCGCUAUCCCACUCCGUACCCAGAGGAGCUGAAGAACAUGGUGAAGACAGCCCAGUCUGUGGCUCACCGGCUGAAGGAGGACGAGUCAGGUGACGAGUCGGGGAGGGAUGCAAAACCAGUGGAGAGGAACCACAUUGGAGUGCAGGACGUGGGGGUUAAGGUGAUUGAAGCUCCCUAUCCCAAUGGCACAGUAUCAGACAUUGAACCCUCCAUCACAUAUGGUCAAAACUCCUCUUCCACAGAAUGGAAAGACACUUCAGACUCUUACAGCUCUCACAGAGUCCCUCUCAAAACUGCAGGGGGCUCUAUGAUGAACCAUGAGGACACACUGGAGGAUUCUGAGGAGCUUUCUGAUGAAGAGGCAGAGAUGAAAGUGGCUCAGAUGAGACCCCCUCUAAUUGAGAUCUCCAUCAACCAGCCUAAAGUGGUGACUCUAAGUAAGGAGAAAAAAGAUGACGCAGACUCUUUGCUGGAUGAUACAGUUGCCAACAGCAACCAGAACAACAGCAACUGUUCAUCUCCAUCACGCAUGUCGGACUCAGUGUCCCUGACCACAGACAGCAGUCAGGACAACUCUCUGUGCACCCCCGAGAGAGAGGCAAAGAUGCCCUUCCUGCCAAAAAGCAGAAACAGGCAGGAAGACUGCUACACACACUUCCAAUAA